AUGGGUCCAGUGAAUCACAAGAACGCAACAGAAGUUUCUGAGUUCCUUCUCCAAGGUUUUCCAUCCCAGCCGGAGGUCCAGAGACUCCUCUUCCCACUCUUCCUUUGCAUCUAUCUGCUCAUCCUCCUGGGGAACGUCACAAUCAUCCUGUUGAUCCGUUCUGACACACAGCUCCACCAGACUCCCAUGUACUUCCUGCUCAGCCACCUUGCCCUAGCUGACCUUGGUUUCGCCUCCACCACCAUUCCCAAGGCAUUAGAUAACCUGCUGACUCAGAAGAAGACUAUCUCUUAUAGUGGUUGUCUGGCCCAGAUGUAUUUCUAUAUAUAUUUUGGCAACUCAGACAACUUCUUGCUGGCUUUCAUGGCCUACGACCGCUACCUAGCUAUCUGUUGCCCACUGCACUAUUCCGCCAUGAUGAGCCACAAAUGUUGUCUUCAGCUGGUUGCGGCAUCCUGGCUUAUUCCCACAAUUGACUCAUUGCUUUAUACACUUUUGAUAGCCCAUGUUGAGUUCUGUGACCCUGAAGAGAUUCCUCAAUUCUUCUGUGACAUUUACCCUGUUCUGAGUGUCUCUUGCUCUGAUACGAGCAUCAUAGAAACACUUCUGCUGACUGAGGGGGUGGUGGAAACCCUGGGGCCAUUUGUGCUCAUUAUCGUUUCGUAUGCACUCAUCUUUUAUACCAUCGUGAAAAUUCCAUCUGCUGUUGGGAAGCGUAAGGCUUUUUCCACAUGUGGGUCCCACAUUUGCGUGGUGGUCUUGUUCUACGGCAGUGUAGGCUGGGUGUAUUUUAAGCCAAAUUCCAUGAACUUAGACCACCAGGACACGGUGGCAGCUGUGAUGUAUACCCUGGUGACCCCUGUGUUGAAUCCCUUCAUUUACAGCCUCAGGAACAGCGAGAUGAAGGCGGCCAUGAAGAGGUGGUUAGGACAAGAGGGGAACUAG